AUGCAACUUAACUCCUUUGAGUUGGAAUGUGCUGAUUUCUUGGCAACUUGGGUGAGUUUUUGCAACCGAGUCAAAGGGAAGGAGAACGAAGGUGAAAUUUUGCAAGAAUUUGUUUUUGGGCUCUGGCGUCUUUGGAAAAACAAAAAUGAGAUGGUUUUCAAGGGUGGUCACCGACAACCUUUAGAGAUUCUGGAGCUUUGGAAAAGGAAUAUUUCCGAGUUUAGAGAUGCAAGAAUGCAAGGGGACGAGGGUGCAAAUCAAUAUGAGGCCACGAGGGUUGAAGCACCGACAAGAUGGAGUGAGCAAUGGCGGAAGCCAGGGUUCGGGACCAUUAAGGUCAACACCGGCCUGUUACAAGCGGUGGAAGGCUCGAGCGGUUUAUUCUGUCACAAUGCGGUUGCGGUUGAGGCCAAUGCAAUUCGUGACGCCUUGGAGUUUUGCAUUAAGCAAGGUUUCAACACUAUGAUUGUUGAAUUUGAUGCUAAGGUUCUUAUCCAAAUGAUCAGGAAGGAGCUUAGCCAUGAGUUUAGUUUGGAAUGUAUACUUGGUGACAUCGAGACUCUAGCAUGUGGCUUGGAGUUGGUGACUUUCGAAUUUGUUUCUAGAUAA